AUGAAGAGGAACAGCAUGAGCAAUAGCUUGAAAGACCAUACUAUUGGCAGCAGAACCAGUAGCAGCAGCAACAACAUACAGAGUAAUAACAAGCUUAAAUGUUCAUGGAACUAUAACAGCCAGAGCUGUGGAGAAGAUUAUCUUAGUGGUUUUUCAUGGCCUCCGAGAUCUUACACCUGUAGCUUCUGCAAAAGGGAAUUCAGAUCUGCUCAGGCUCUUGGUGGCCACAUGAAUGUUCAUAGGAGAGACAGAGCCAGGUUGAGACAGUCACCGCCGAGGGAUGGUCCUAUUCUCAACCUUAACGUUAACCCUAACCCUAACCCUAGUAAAUCCCCUCCAUUCACUUGUACAUUACCUUCCUCGGCUGCUGCUACUCCCCCUCGUGGUCUUUCUGUAUUAUCGUCGCCAUCUUUUGCUUCUUCUAGCGAAACCAAGAAAUGGGCUAUGGAUGAUAGUUUAUCCCAUGACCAUUUAAGCCCCAAAAGCUCGGAUUUAACAAAACCCCGAAAUGCUUUCUUAUCUGAUGGUUUCACACGAGAAGGGGGGUGCAAGUUCUUGAAGAAAGCAGAGAUUUUGAGGUUAGAUUUGGAGAUUGGUCUUAGUGGAUCCAAAGAGGAUUUGGACUUAGAACUUCGAUUGGGAUACUCUUAA